CUCCAUGAGGCAUAAAUACGCUCCGCCCCCUCAACAUAACAGCCUCGCAAACUAAGGCGAGUUCAGUCACGGCAGCAUCGCAACCGGAAAGAACUUGCACGGGAGAAACCAGAAGCAGUAAAGAAAACAUCAACCACAGCGGAAGAGCGCUCCUAGGCGCAGGCCGCUCUCAUUCCAUUCACAAACAAACCGUCUUCUAUGCGGACCCCUGAGAAGGACCACAUGCUCAUGACAUCAUUGCUUGAUAAAGACAUUUUCUUUCUUAUCUUUAUCUUCAAUAGGAUAUACAAUUGUCCUCGUGUGAUUUGUGAUCUGACUGUGAUAAUGAUGGAAGAGAUUAAUAUUUUAACGGAAAGUAUUAUUAAAAUAGAAACGGAAGCAUUAAAAUAGAAUCGGAUCAAAGAAGAGUCAGUUGACAAGACAGAAGACUAUUGCUGGAAUUCCAUUGAGGAGUUGGAACUGCCAGAAGCCGUGUUCAUUGAGCCAAUGGAGAAGGAAGAGGAAACCUCUAUUGAUGAAACAAAGAUAAGCAGCAUGAUUUCGACCGAUUCUGCUGAGACUUAUCCAUGGACGGGAAUUUCGUCAAUCCUAGCAGCUGUAAAUUUCAUUUCUACUAUAAUUAAUAUACGAGCACCUGGAACAUCCUUAGACCAAACACCAUUAUAUGAGCAGUUGAAUUACAGCACUUUUAUUACUAUGAUUACCACUGAUGCUAUUACUAUAUUAUUAACAGACCGAAAUUUAAAUACAUCAUUUUUGGAUCCCGCAGGAGGAGGAGACCCUAUUUUAUAUCAACAUUUACUUUGA